UUUUUUAUUAAUCAUUCCGUAUGUAACUCUAAGGUUCGCGGGAACGGUAGAGAAUUGUUUCAACGUGAUGCUUCUGAUUCAAAUGCUCGGUUGCAUCGUUCAACUAUGUUUCCAGUCUUUUCAAGCCAUCAUGGUACGAAAAAAGUCAUACGUCCUUCUCUAAAUUUAUAUUCAUUUGGAGAGGAAGCAAAGCGAUACAUGAUUUUCCAAAUUGCAUUCUUGUGUUUCUAUAUAGUUUGCGUGAUGAUGCAGUUGUACAUAUAUUGUCACGUGGGCGAGAAACUUGCGUUCGAGGUAUCGUUCAUGAAAGAAAAAUUUAGUCGAUGUCUUUCUGAUAAAAAAAUAUGGAUACGUCUGUUUGCCAACAAGUUAAACGUUCGUUCAAUUUUUCAGAGCACGGACAUAGCCAACGCGGCAUACCAUUGCGACUGGUAUAAUUUACGUCCCAAAGACGCGAGAUUAUUGGUAAUCAUUAUGUGCCGAGCGAGAGCAUCACCGUUGAAACUUACAGCUGGCAAAUUUUGUUGGUUCACCGUAACAUUAUACACCCACGUGAGUGAAACGACAUUUCAACGGCAACAUACGAAUGAAAAUUACGGUUGGAACCGUUACACGAUGAAGUUCGCGGGUAUCUGGCCGGAAGAGAGGAAAUGGAAAAGAUUUUCGAGUUACGUCAUCCUGUUACCAUUUCUCACGAUGCUGUGUUUCGCGUGUGCUCCACAAACUAUUAAUCUGCCCCUCAUCGCACAUGACCUGAAUCUGGUGGUCGAGAAUUUAUCGAUGGCUAACAUGACCAUUACCAUUUCGCUUCAUUUUCUCUAUUUGCAAGCAUUGAAGUCUCUGUUGAAGUGCAUGGCCAAAGAUUGGGCGAUAGCGGAGACGCAAACCGAACGAGAAACAAUGGUGAACAAUGCGAGAAUCGCUAAAAAGAUAACGACAAGAUGCACGAUAAUGUGCCAAUUCAUACUCGUCUGUUACGUGACCCUACGAUUAUGUUCUAAUAAUGAGAACAAAUUGCUCUUCCGUGGCUAUUUCCCCUAUAAUAUAAGCAUUAGCCCAAACUACGAACUGACAGCGAUCGGUCAAGUCAUAGCUGCUACAUAUGCAUCUAUCGCGUAUACAUCUGUGGAUACUUUUAUCGCUAUGCUGGUUUUACAUGCUUGUGGACAGCUUUCGAAUCUAAAGGAUGAUUUAAGGAACAUUCACUUGCACGAUAAGAGCGAUUUACAGACGAAGUUGAAGAAAAUUGUUCAAAAACAUGGUCAUAUUAAUAGGUUCGCGGAAACGAUAGAGAAUUGUUUCAACGUGAUGCUUCUGAUUCAAAUGCUCGGUUGCACCAUUCAACUAUGCUUCCAAUCUUUCCAAGCUAUCAUGUCAUUUGGAGAGGAAGCAGAGCGAUACAUGAUUUUCCAAAUUGCAUUCUUGUGUAUCUAUAUAGUUUACGUGAUGAUGCAAUUGUAUCUAUAUUGUUAUGUGGGCGAGAAACUCACGGUUGAGAGUACAGAUAUAGCUGACACAGCGUACAAUUGCGAGUGGUACAAUUUACCUCCUAAGGAUGCAGGAUUACUCAUAAUCAUCAUGUGCCGAGCUACGUCAUCACCGUUAAAACUUACGGCAGGCAAAUUUUGUUGCUUCACUAAGAUGAUGUUGAACGCGAAGAUUUUAAUUAUGGCCUUGGUGAUUUACGGAGUUAUUGCUAGAAACACGGAUGGCAAUGUAGAUUUUCUUAAGGAAACGAGUAAUAAAAAGCAUGGGGGUUCUAUGUUGAUGGAAAUAGCGAAGGAGCUUGUGCAAAGAUCUUCGACUAGUAGUCAGGUAUUGAAUCUAAAUUUAUCAAAUUUGCUAUUACUUUUGGUAUUGAAAGCAGUUGUGUUUGGAGCAAGAUAUUUGGGCCAUCAUGACAAAGGCCGUGAAUUAGAAGAAGAAAAUAUGGUAUCCGAGGGAGAAGUUACAUUGGCAUUAGGGUAUUUAAUGGGAGAUACUUGUCUAUAUAGAGCAGCUUGUGAAGAACCUUAUGUUGCGAAGGAAUACCUAGGAGCCGCAGAAAUGAUCAUGCAAACGAUGAAAUUGUUGUCCCAGGGUUCGUCAAUUAAAGGAAACUACGAGCAAACAAUGGCAGAAUUACAGAAAGCUAUCGAAUAUGGCAUUACAGAUGGCUGUCCGCCUCAAUAUACUUGCAAGAAAGAGAAUAUUAAGAAUUUCUUGAGAGAAGAGAAGAAAUAAUUGCGGAAAUAUAUACCCUUAAUUAAGUUGUAAUAUUCUGGAAGAAUUUAUAGCAUGUUGAAUAUUUGUAGAAAUGAAU